UAAAGAUUCUUUCAUCCAUCUAUGACCUCCUCCCUGUCGUCUGAUGUCAUCACUUUAAGCGUUGGUGGGAAGAUCUACCAAGUGACGAAGUCCACCUUAGACAAGUACCCCGAUACGAUGCUCUCGAGGAUGGUCUCUGAGGAUUGGAAGAUGUCAAAGAACGAUUCCAAGGAUGAUACGGGAAAGGUGGCCUCGCCACCAUCCGUCUUUAUCGAUCGAGAUGGUGCUCUUUUCGAGUAUAUAUUAAACUGGUAUCGCAAUGGGGAGAUUUGCAUCCCUUGGACAGUGAGUGAAGAGGCAGUGCGUCGAGAAGCCAGUUAUUUUGCCUUGCCUGAUGAUGUCCGUGUUGUACGUGACACAAUUCUGAAUAAUGUUCGCGAGGCUGUUGGCCUGGUCCUCGACGAUGUUCGCGAGAAGAUAGCCAAGUGCCAGAUAGAUAAAGAAGAAAUCGACGCACGUUAUUCCACUCGUCUCGGUCAGCUACAAGAAGAAAAGCGGAUGCUCAAGGCCCAACGAGACGUCGAUCAGAAUCGUAUUCGGCGAGAUGCCAUGACAUUCGAGAUUCUGCUACCUAUAUUAACUCAAACAGCAGCCGUUAUCUGCCCUAUGGUGGCAAUUACAUGCAACCAAGUCAGUCGUCAGACCGUUACUGACAUACGCAGCUCCACAAGAGAGGAGUUAGCGGACCUAGGGGAUGUGCUAUUAGAGACCCUAGCUUCUUAUGGCGUUCCAGCCAAGUCUAUUAGAUUAUGUCCGACCUUUAUCGUAACCGAGUACUCACGUUGCAGUCUCUGCAGUCCAGCAGUACGUUCUGCUGGUGACACCUUCGCCCGACUAGUCCCCUGUUCAAGGCGGCCCGCGGAGCCUUGGCAGCCGCAUGUCUCUUCUGACGGCUUCGUUCGUUGGUGCGAAAGUUGCUUUAACCGUUCCUAUCCGAUUGUUGUUGUCCAACUAGAUUGAUAUCAAGCACAUAUUCAUCAUUCAUCCCUUUUUUUAUUGGUAUAUAAUUGUAAGCCUGGUUGUCUACAGAAACC